AUGAACUUGCCUCCAGAGCUUGAACUCCAAAAACUUCAGCACAAGCUCAACCCUCGCUACACUCAGCGCAUUAACGACGGCACCCACUAUGCCACCAUCAAGGACGUCAUCCGUAGAGGCGACGCUCUCGACGCUCUCGACGCUCAUUUCACGUUCCAGGAUUCGCAGAAGAAGACCGGCGAGCGUGAACGCCGUCCUCGCCAGCGCAACGCCAGUACAUCUUCUCAGAGCUCUGGCAGCUUCGUGUCUUCGCGCUCCUCCGCCAGCACUAUCGCAAGCAGACAUUGA